UCGCAGGUUUCCCCACACAUUUGUCAGCCUGGCAUCGUCGGGAGCCGUUCGUUACAGUCGGAGGUAAAAAUCUUGAAAUCACAGGCCUAUGGAAAUAGGGAGAGGAAAGAGGGACAUCUGUGAUCGGCUGCGACACGUGCUCCUCUCCUCUCCCCCUCCUCAUAUGAGUAGUUGAAGAGGGAGGGCAGGGCAGCAGCUUGUGCGUCUCCUCGUCUUCCUCCUCUGCCGUCGGAGGCACUGGUUGGUGUGAGCCAUGACUCUGAGCUCAGAGAUGUCCGAUGCCUCCAUCCUUUCGGAAGAGACCGACAUAGACGUGGUGGGCGAAGGGGAGGACGGGGACACCCAGACGCGCUCCUUCGUGGAUGAGGUGGCCCAGAUGCACGACGGCAUCCUCCUGUCCGGCUCUCCUCCUCCGUGCCUGGACAGCUCCGCUUCCUCUAGGGAUACCUACAAGCCGGCGGGCAAGAACACCCUGGUGAAGCCCCCUUACUCCUACAUCGCCUUAAUCACCAUGGCCAUCCUGCAGAGCCCGAAGAAGAGGCUCACCCUCAGCGAGAUCUGCGACUUCAUCAGUAACCGCUUCCCCUACUACAGGGAGAAGUUCCCGGCCUGGCAGAACUCCAUCAGACACAACUUGUCCCUCAAUGACUGCUUCGUCAAGAUACCCAGGGAGCCCGGGAACCCCGGGAAGGGCAACUACUGGACCCUGGACCCGGAGUCGGCUGAUAUGUUUGACAACGGGAGCUUUCUCCGGCGGAGGAAACGCUUCAAGCGGCAGCAGGCUCAGGACCUGCUGCGGGAACACACCAGCUUCCUCCCGGCCGCAGCCGCCGCCGCCGCCGCCUAUGGCUACGGACCGUACGGCUGCGGAGGAUACGGCAUCCAGCUCCAGUCCUACCACACACACUCUGCGCUUUUUGCCUUCCAGCAGCAGUCCAGGCAUUCGCACUCACACACGGGAACCAUUAUCCCCUCUCCGUCCUUGAUGCCCACCACCACGGACUUACCCCGGAGUAGGUUUUACCCCCAGCUCAGCUCCGGUCUGGGGGCGGCCAACGCACCGGCCCCGGCGCACAAGUCCGGCUCUCCGGUGCAGCGCUCCCCCUUCUCCAUAGAGAGUAUCAUCGGGGGGUCGCUGAGCCCCUCUAGGACUUCUCCGGUCGUUGUCCCGGUUUUACCCUCCGCCCUGGGGCCUCCGGGGCCCGGCCAGCCGCAGAGCGUCCACCCCGGAGCCGUUCUACACCCGGUUGAAAACUUUACCAAUAGAGUUGUGAGCGGCACUAGUGGCUGUUAAAUGUCUUACCUACAAACUUUUCAAGACAUAAAAUUAAAAGCAAAGAGCGACAAAAACAAAAAAACGCCCCUCUUUGAAGGUAGGAUUAUUUUUGUAUGUUUAUUUGAUAGCACUCAGCUGAAUGAUGGACAUAAAUCUACACAAUGUGUGCCUAUAUUCAUGCUGUUUUCAAAAAGAUAUAUUUAUGUUCAUUAUUUUCGGUGUGAAUCAGACUUUUGACAAACACGAACUUUCUUUCCUUGUAUUUUCCAUGAAGUGAUUCUUUUUCAGCCACUGUUUAGGGCGUCUCAGGAUAAUAACAACAACUUAAUAAUGGACAGGUUAUAAGUGAUCACAUGUUUUAAAAAAAUAGGCUUAUAAUGUAUUUGUGUCAAACACAUCCAUGUUUUUAUUAGCUUGGCAAAUCAAAACUUUUUUUACGGUUUUGAUUUGGAGUUUGUAUUAAAGACACAGAGAGCAAAGUCAUACAUUUAUAAUAUGCAGUGUGUGUUUAUUUCAGUAAUAAAACAUUGUACAUUUUU